UCUGCUCACUGCUGAAGCAGACAGGCAGUAGAACACAAGAACCUGGAACACAUUGGAUCUCCAUCACUUGAACCUCUGGCAUCAUAAAAAAUCUGGACUAUUAAGGCUAUUAAUGAGAUUAUAUGAAACCAAGGAUACAUUGUACACACUGGACAUCCUACCUUGAAAGACUGUUACAAAAAAGACAUCUAAUAAUGUCUGGAACUAAAGGAAUCCUCCCAUCAGCUCUGGGUUUCAUACAGAUCACCUGUCUCUUUAUGACUACCUCCGCUUCCUCAAUUAUGUUUUCUCCUUCGGAGAGUGUGAUUCCUGUACAAAUUGGGGAACCACUUGUCAUCAUUGGUACUGCCUUGGAUUGUGAUGAGCCUUCCUUUACCUGGUCUAGUCUUAUGGACAAGACCUUAUCUGGUACAGUUAGCACCAAAGGACACAUUUCCAACCUGACCAUGAUGAUGGUCACCAAGGAGAGUGAAGGUCAAUAUGUGUGUAAAGUCUUUUGCAAGAAUGGAAAAUCAGAGAAAAGCGUCAAAAUCAUACCAUACUCUUUUCCCAGUGACCCCAUCUUACGAGUGUCCUCACUGGUUGUUGGUGUUCGGUCUACAAUCAAUUGUACUGUCCCACUUGUAUAUCCUGUGGAGAUGAUGAGUGUUAAGAUCCUGGUGGACAAAAAUGAGGUGGCAGAAUCUAUCCCGGAAUGGAAUAUGGAUGACACAAACCAGAUGGAAAACGUCAGCCUAUCAUACGGCUGGAUCCCCACUGAGGAACAUGAGGGCAUGGAAGUCCAGUGUGUGGCACAACUAGAAUUCACAACUAAUGAGAUUAAACCAAUGACCAGAGAUGCCAAGAUAACACUCAAUCUGAAUUAUCCACCAGGAAAUCCUCAUAUUACAGUUUACCCAUCUACUAAGGUGAACUUGAUGGACACAAUAUAUUUGAAUUGUAGUUCUGAAAGCAGAACUCCAGCUAGAAAGUGGUGGGUGAAACAGACGGAAUACCACGAUUAUGAAGUAUAUCCUAGUGAAGAUGGAUUUCUGACAAUUCUUCAAGCAAAACCAGAAAACUCUGGGAAAUACAUUUGUUAUGUAGAGAAUGCUGUGGGGAAAAAAGAGGACUCAGUGGAAAUUACUGUACAAGAUACCCCAAACCAACCUACAAUAAACAUCCUGCCAAAAACAACAGUUCUAAUGGGGGAAGCAGUUACAAUCGAGUGCUAUGGGCAUGGUCAGUCUGGGACAAACGUGUCCCUGUGGAUGAUGACAGAAACAGAACACAAACUCUUACUUGAUGGAGAUGGAGUCUAUGAAAUACAUGAAGCACAACCCCAGCACACUGCUGUAUACGUAUGCCGUGCAGAGAACCUGCUUAAGAAAGCAGAAGCAACAGUGUCCCUGACUGUGGAGUAUCUUCCUAAGAACACAGUGAUUUCCUACUUUCCCUCUGAUGCCAAAGAAGGAGACACAGUAACACUGUCUUGUAAAAGUGAUGGAGUCCCAACCCCUAGUUUCUCCAUCUAUCAGCACACCAAGUCAGGAGGGACCGUACUCCUUGUGAAUGGGCCGGAUUUCACGGUCAGGAAUGUGACCAGCAUGAAUAAUGGCGUCUAUGAGUGUGAAGCAUAUAACACAGUGGGGAGUGAGAAGAAAACAGCAGAGCUACUGGUGCAAGUUCCACCCAAAAACACACAUCUAAUCAUCAUGCCAUCUACGUCUGUGAUGGAAGGGCAAUCUGUUCACGUUUCAUGCAUUUCAGAAGCAUAUCCCACACCAGAACUGACCCUAAUUAAAUAUACUGACAGCGGUUUAUUAGAUUGGGAAACCAGUGAUGGAGAACACACAAUUGUGCAUGCUUCUGUGGAGCAUUCAGGGAUAUAUAGAUGUGAAUCAAGGAAUGCUGUGGGAGAAGAAGUUGUUGAAACAGUAUUGACUGUGCAAGUUCCACCUGAGAACACCACGGUCGUUGUCACACCAUCUGAGAAUGUUACAGAAGGAGACACAGUCACCAUAAUCUGCGAUAGCCACAGCAUUCCAUCCCCGACCAUCAUACUGCAGAAAGUGUGUCCUGGAAAUAGCACCAUUAUGCAGGCCGAAAACGGAACCUUCACCUUGCGAAAUGUUACUGUCAAUGACACUGGGACAUACACGGUCAGCAUAAUUAAUGAAGCGGGUAAUAGGACCAAGGUUAUUGAAAUCAAUGUCCAAGAGCGACAGCAAGGCUCCAAGUAUAGCCUCAUUGCCCCGGCUAUAGUACUGUCCAUGGCUGCAGUCUCAGCUGGUUUUAUUGGGUUUCUCAUUUAUAAAAUGAAACAAGCAAGGUUGAAAGGAUCAUACAGCUUGGUGAAUGCUUUGAAGAACAGAGUGUGACCUAAAAAGGUUAAAUGAAGUGAAGUUGACUGUAGAACAUUUUGCCAGUAUUAACCUUCGUUGGCAGAUAUCUGAAUCUAGUGUGUGCUCUUUCCACGGACGCCAAAAGUUGGAAAGUUGUGCAUAUAUAUGAGAACAGUGAGAUUUCUUGUGAGGAUGGGCUAAAGUAGAACCAUGAUACACGACUGCCACCACUAACUAUGUUGUUUAAUCUUGGUCAACGCCUCAUGCCAAGGCAGAUUCUUCAGCCUUCAAGCGGAAAUUGUCACCUGAGUGAAAUCUGGCCAAGACAAUUCCUCUACAUGUGAAAAUUGGAAAGGAACCAUUGGGUGUGAUUCAUAUUCAAAGUUCAGUUUGCACUUAGUUUUGAGAGAUAGUUUUCUAUGUUGUAAAUAUUUUGUCAUUUUUUUAAUUAUUAUAUACGGUUUAGAAGCUGCUGUUUAUUUAAAUUUUGAUACUACCCAACACAUCUUUUUGUUUGUGUUCCCAGCUAAUCUUUUAAUGUUUUGUUUCUUUUUGUGUGUGUGUGUGCAUGUGCUUUAAGCCUGUUUUGUUUGAGACCCAUUUUUUUUGUUUGUUCUUUUUCUUAUGUCUAGUUGAAAUCUGUUUUGUUACAAGCGAUGAAUUGUAAUUCUUGGUUUUUCUCACUCCACUGCUGAUGCUUGUCCCAGAGUCUUUUGUUGGGGGUUAAUGUGGGAGGGAUGGUUCGUGGGAAAGCUAAAAUACUAUAAGAAAAGGCUUGAAAUAAUGUCA